GAUUGACUCUCCUCCCUUCUCCAGUUAACAAGCCAGCUGCUUGGCUCUCCUGCCACCAACCGAGCACCGUGCUGAAAAAGAUCCUUGCUCUGCGUCUCCGGGGAGGUCUCAGUACCCCUCCAGAGCGGGGAAAAGGGGAGAGGCACCCGCGACGCCAGCCGCCAGCCUGGCCAAGCAAGCAGGGCAGGCAGAGGAGGCUGGAAACCGCUGCUUUGCUUUUCAUCCUCGUUUUUUUUUAAUCUCCUCUAAAGAGAAUCUGAUGCUCUACAGGUAGGAGAUGGGGAACGGCUGCCAGCCGCCCAGGACGAGGGUCAGGGCAGCUGGUGGCGAUACCCCAAAAACUGGAGAGCAGGGGGAUGCCCAGAUUCCUAUCAAAGAAGAGUGAGAGAGAGAGAGAGAGAAAGAGACUACUUAGCCUGGCAUCCGGUCUUCCCUAUACCAAGGGUGCCACUCCUCCCCAUGGACGGGCAGCCGGGCAGCCACAACGCCAGCCUGAUCGGGCAGGAGCCUCGGCUGCGUGGCAGCGCCUGGACGGCCGCCUUCCUCUGCUUCGUCAUUUUCCUGACCAUGGUGGGCAACUUCGCCCUCAUCCUCCUCAUCUUCAGCCAGCGUUUCCUGCGCAACACUUCCAACUUCUUCCUGGUGUCCCUCUUCCUCUCCGACCUGAUGGUGGGCUUGGUGGUCACCCCGGCCAUGCUGAACCAGCUCUAUGGGCGCUGGGUGCUGGACGGUGCCUUCUGCUCCAUCUGGUUCUCCUUCGACGUCAUGUGCACCAGCGCUUCCAUUCUCAACCUGUGCGUCAUCAGCCUGGACCGUUACCUGUUGAUCAUCUCCCCGCUCAAAUACAAGCUGAGGAUGACCUCCGGCCGGGCCUUCUGGCUCAUUCUGGCCACCUGGACGCUGGCCGCCUUGGUGUCUUUCCUGCCCAUCAAAAUGGGCUGGCACAAGUUGGAGUUCGACCGUCACCCGCUCAACGCCACCCUGCAGCUGGAAGAGGAGCAGUGUCGUCUGCUGGUCAGCUUGCCUUACGCCCUCAUCGCGUCCGGCCUGACCUUCUUCCUCCCCUCGGUGGCCAUCUUGUUCACCUACUGCCGGAUCCUGCUGGCUGCCCGGAAACAGGCUCUCCAGGUGGCGUCUCUCACCACAACAACCGCACGAUCAUCAGAGUCUCCGGAGAAGGUUCCCCGAGAUCAGGGCCAAGGAAGCGGGGUGAGUCACCAUCGUAAGAUUGCCAACAAGCACAGCCGACGGGCGCUCAAGGCCAGCCUGACCCUUGGCAUCCUCCUGGGCAUGUUCUUUGUGGCUUGGCUGCCUUUCUUUGUCUGCAACAUGGCUCAGGCGGUCUGCAACUGCAUUUCGGAGGAUUUUUUCGACCUCCUGACCUGGCUGGGCUACUGCAACAGCACCAUGAACCCCAUCAUCUACCCGCUCUUCAUGCGGGACUUCAAGAGGGCCAUGGCCAAGUACCUGCCCUGUUGUCCCCGCGCGUGGGAACGCAGGCCCAGCCGGGUCUCGCUCUCCCUCAGGAAUUCCAACAGCGGCCCUCGGCCGGGGGUUUCCCUCGGGAACGCCCUGACUCUGCCAGGGGAAACGGACUCGGCCGAUUCCAUGGUCCACGGCAACGACCACAGCAGCCAGACGCUCGGCUUCCUUCCGCCCACGCGGGCCAACUCCCUUCAUCUUUCCGAUGCCGAGCGGCCAGAGCCGAAGUUGAACUUCAUCUAUCUGAACACGCCUUCGGACUGACCGCUGCCCCGACUCGGCUCCAGAUUGACCGGUUGUUUCUAACCUGUGCUGGGGAUGCGGGAGACAACUCCGCCGGUCGAGCAUCCACCUCCAGAUCCACAAAUGUCCUUCCUUUCACCCGGAUUCAUCUUCUCCAUCCUCAGAUCUUAUUCUUUUUUUUUCCUCUGCCCGCCAGCCUCGCAUCUUGGAUGACUUCUAGCAUGAUUCCCCCUCACCCCCGUUUGUACGCGGUUGCAGAACACGGCCAACUAAACAUAUGUGUGCAUGUGCUUGCGUGUUUAAGUGUUGUGGCCCGCCAGCAGAGCUGGCGGCAGACUCAGACAGUGAGGAGGUUGGGGAGGAACAUGGGCCAGUGCUGGAGUCUGGGGGAGGCUCUGAUGAGGGCUCUGCGUCGGAGGCAGAGAGGGGGCCAGGGCCGUCUGACAGUUAUCAGCUGCCUUUGGAGUCGGACAUCAGUGAGGCAGAGGAACUGCUGGAGCCUUUUCUCAGUGUCCGCAUGCACAGAGCUGCCAGGAGAAGGGAACAGCUAAGGAACAAGGGUCGACUCAGGAGUAAAGCCACAGGUGGACAGUGAAUGGCCCUUCCCAGAGGGAAUAAAAGAGGAGCAAAAGGGGAGUGGAGUUUGCAGGAGCCAAUUCAUUCAAUUCAUUAGAGUGAAGAUCUGUUCCUGACUUCUUUCUUGCUAAGUAUUGCCUGCUACAGAGUGACGUCGGAAAGAUAUCGGCCUGGCAGCUCUCCAAGCCUGAUCAAGAUCUGUAAAUUGUGAAAUCUCUUGCAAGACGGUUGGCCGGGACUUUGCUGGAGAGGAAUUCCCUUUAAACUAAAUAAAUGGGGUUUUAUCGGGACGAGGAGUCGGCUUUCGUGCUUUUGGGAAACCUAGGUCAGAACAUUAAGAGGGAAGCACAGCGGAGGCCUGCCCUGGCUGUGUUUUUAAACCUCCUGGAGUUACACCCCAAUGCAACCUUCCCAUCCCUUCUCCCACCUGCAGACCGGCUGCUCGCUGCCCCAGCCUUCCCCUCUGCCAUUUUCCCAAAAACCAGAACCUCGUUUUCCACCUUGC